UCAGAAAUAAUCAAUAUUAAAAAAACGCAAGCAGAACGUUUAUUAAAGUGAUUGAAGAAAAAUUAAAUUUUGUUGCAAAUUAAAUCAAAUAAAUAUAAAUGGAAGGUCUUGUAAAUUAUAGCAGCGAAGAUGAACAAGACGAUUAUUCCUAUACAAAAGUGGCUGUACGAGAACGUGGUAGCGGCGGUAGUGGUGCUAGCACCGGACGUACUGCCGAUGCCAGUGGAUCGUUGAAACGUUCCUAUGAUCAUCACUCAAAAAGUGGCAGUUGGGAACGUGAUGCCUCACCCCAUCGCAACAAAGGCGAACAACGUUUCAAAACAGGAAAUAGCAAUUUCAAUGAGGAUAAAUACAAAAUCGAUAGAAGAGCAGAAAAAUCAAGAGAUCACAGAGACAAAAGAGAGUGUAAGGAAUCAAGAAAUUCUAGAGAUUUAAGAGAUGAAGGCAGAGAUAAUGAACACGGUCAUAAAUAUGAUUAUAAAAAGCAUGACGAUCACAAACGUUAUAGAGAACCAAAAGGAAGGGAUUAUAAACGUGAUGGUAAUGAUUACUACCGGGACGAUAAAAGAUAUAGUCGUCAUGAUGAUAGGAAAUCAUCAUAUGCCUCCACAAACUAUAAAGAUCGUUUCAAUAAUUCUAAAGCCCGUUAUGAUGAGAGAAAACAAUUUGAAGAUCAUCGUUUCAAUGAUGACAGAAGAACAGCAAAUGAUGAGAGACGUGGUGGUAGCAGUGCAGGUUCCAAUUUCGAUGAUCGAAGAAGAGGAGAUUUUAGUGAUAGACGAAAUUAUAAUAAUGAUGAUGACCGAAAAACGGAUCGCCGUAAUAAUGAUGAUCGCAAAAUACAGCGUUCCUACAAUGAAGAUCGUUCAAAUGCAUAUCGCCCUAGACGUUCAAAUUCUCCUUCGCUUUCACAGCGUAAUAGUAGCAAUAAUAAAUAUAGUGAACGUAAAGAUGACACCAGACGUGAGCGCAAACGUCACUCACGAUCUCGAUCACGUUCUCGUUCACAUUCGGCCGAUAAUUUGAAUGAAUCUAAUACAUCGCCAAAUAAUAAUAAUAAUUCUACACAUAGAACGACUGCAAAUGAAUUCGCUACAGAAGUCAAACGUCCAGAGGUAGGAGAAUUACAAACUUCGGAAAAGAAACCCCUACCUUCAGCUCGAAAUUUUGAAGCUCUUUUAUCCCUGCCACUUAGUGAAAAUGCACCUAAACACCCUAACGUUGUCACAGUACCUGCGGUCAGUGCUGCUGCAGCUGGUUCAAAUGUAGCAACUGCUACUGUACAAUUGCCCAGUUAUUAUAAUCCAAAUGUCAUUAAUCCCAAUAAGUAUGUUGAACAAAUGCAAAAACGUAAACUCAUAUGGGGAGCGAAAAAAACUGAAGAUUCAGCCUCUAAAUGGGGGCAUGCCCAAUUCUCUCAAGAUCAAGAUGGCAAAGUUGCCUCAAAAUUCAUGCGUCUUAUGGGUAUUAAAAGUACAACUGGUAGUGGAGGCGGUAGCGAUUGCACUACUUCACCAAAUGAAAGUGAAAAGAAGUCCCCGGCGUCUACCUCCCCAUCGAAUAGUACCGAUGUUAAAUCGCGUGAAGCCAUGUUUUCUUCAAUGGAACAACAAUAUGAAGUAGCACGACAGGUUACCCAUACUAUGAGGGGCGUUGGUUUAGGUUUUGGUUCAUCAAGACCUUAUUAAUUUGCCUCGCUCUGGACCCUUAACUAAAAUAAAGAAUUAAAUGAGAAUUUUAAAGUUUUUAUUCUUUAAGGCCUUAUUUUGUAAAUGGAACGUUUGAAAAUUGGAAAAAAAUAUUUCAGUAUUUUCUUUUAGUUAAAGACGACGUUACGUUUUACAAAACGAGGAUAUUUAUUUUAUCAAACAAAUAUGAAUUUUGUUAAUGUGUGUAUAUGUUUUACAUUAAUUUUAUUAAAAAAUGUAAACAACAUUCUAGUUAUCCUGAAUUUCAAAAUAAAUAAAUGAGAAAUACA